ACCUUCAUGAUAACCAACCUUGGGGCGGCGGGUUUCUCAAGGCUUUUGCACGGUCAGUGUGAGACUACAAAAUGCCCCUGGAACGCCUGGAAGAUGAAGGUCUUGAGAAGAUCCCCAACCUAAAGCUAGCGCAAUGGACAUUUCGUGCCGGCUUAGAAAAAACACCUGAACUUUUGCGUAAGCAGCUUCUGGAGAAAAUCACCAAAUGUAUUCAGGAUGAUAAUAUGGCUCCAUAUUACGAACUUGUGUGUAAAGAGCUUAAUCUACCAAUUGACCAACGAAUCUUGAAAUCUAUGCAGUCAGUAAAUGAAGCAAAAAUUAAGGAGUUAGAUGCAAAGAUUAAAGAUGCGGAAGAGAAUCUAGGUGAUACAGAAAUCAGAACCGCCAUGAUGGAAAAAGCUCACUAUCUUAGUAAGAUUGGUGACAAGGAAGGUUCUCUGUCCCAAUUUCGACUGAUUUUGGAUAAAACCUUAAUGCCGGGCUUUCGAUUAGACACAAUUUUCCAUAUCAUACGAAUUGGAUUCUUUUUUGGAGAUAGAGAUUUGGUUACAAAGAACAUAGAAAAGGCAAACAGCCUAAUUGAAGAAGGUGGAGAUUGGGAUAGACGAAAUCGACUUAAAGUUUACCGUGGUUUAUAUAGUAUGUCAGUUCGAGAUUUCGAUACUGCUGCUAAGAACUUCCUUGAUGCUGUCGCCACAUUUACUAGUUAUGAGUUAAUGGAUUAUAAAACAUUUAUCAUAUAUACAGUUAUGUCUGCAAUGAUUGCACUUAAACGCCCGGAUCUUCGAGAAAAGGUUGUUCGUGGAUCAGAAAUUCAAGAAGUUCUGCAUGGAUUACCUACUGUACGUGAAUAUCUCAUGUCCUUAUUUGAUUGUCGUUAUGCUGACUUCUUCCUUUCACUUGCGAAUAAAACAACAACCUGAGUGUUCUGUAGUAAAUUUUCAAUGUUGAUUAAUUUAUUCUUGAUAAUGUUUUAGCGGGCGAUCAGUUAAGUAUGUCAAUAAAGUUUUUAAACAUGUCUCUAACCGUUAUCAUGACAAAAGUUUAUGGAUUUAUUUUAAGUCUAACUUGUUAGCUUGUGUUGCCUUUUAAUGUUAAAUAAUUAUCAUUACACCUUGGGGUCUUGUUAACAUUUUACCUCUAAAACUGUAACCAAAAUCAGAGUUCAGUUACAGUGGAACUCUGGAAGCAGCUUUGAUAGAAGUACAUGCUUGGUGAUCUAUCAGGAGUAGUUGAGAAGUUAAUCCAUCUCAGUAGUUAUGUGACUGCUCCUCGUGGUUUGAAUUAUUAGACCAAUCUACGUAUAGUGAAGGCCAUAAUAGUUUACACCAAUCUGGCUCAUCUUUAGCGCUGUUGUGAUGGUAGUCUGGCUGUUAGAGGUUAGGUUUACAACGCGUUGGGGAGAACAUUUGUGAUCUAUGUCCUCUGUGUUCGGUCAUUUUUGAUUCCGAAGAAUUGCUGACAUCUAGUAGUAUAACACCAUUUUAGUCAUAUUGAGGUUCGCUAAUUUGUGUUCGGGUGCAGUGAAGGUUAUUUAGUCAGUCUUGAAAAGACGAUAUCUGCAAGCUGAACAUAUGUUACAAAUGUCAUCCCAGUGACUUCCACAUCGUGCAUUAUUUGGCGACUCUAAUGCUGAGUGGAAAAAACUGAGAGGUGGUUAUAAGCAGAGUUGGUCAGAGAAUGGACAAUCGCAUUCCUAAACAUCAAUGGGAAGAUUCAAACAGCCAAAACAAAAGUGAGAGGUUGUUAGUUUAUGAUAUAGUGACCUGCUAUGAAAGUAAGCUGUAUAAAACUGUCACCUAUCUGUCCAUCACGACUCUGUAGCUGGAGUGCUAGAGAUGAUGCAACACAGUGGUUUAAAACUAUCGGACAACACAUAAUAGAAGCCAGUGAUGGUCCUGCUGUAAUUCUUCUCUACGUCAUAAAAGUGAGAGAAGCUUCUUUAGCUAAAAGUAUCCUCUUUACUUCCCGUUUUACAUUGAAAUGUCCUAUUAUAUACCCAUCCAUUUAUUUUCCGUUCAUCUGUCUUUUGAUUAUAUUCACCACUCCAAUUAUCUCUAUUCAUUCACAAUCUUAUUUUGUUAUUUGUGUGAAGCAUAUGUAUUUUGGUUCCAAUCUGUACAAGUAUAUAUUUGUUUUGAAUUAAUAAAAAAUUACAACUUUGUCAAGCAUACAGGUUUAUUUAAUUUAAUUGUAAGGCAGUCCACAAUGUUAUACUACCCAAUUAUCCAAACCUAAUAAAAGUCAACAACUAUAAAGGCCCAAAUAUAAUCACUUCUCAAAAAAAAUCAGUCCAUGUCUAUACAGUCUAAUCCGGCUCACUAUCAGUAGAUCGUAGAUUCAAACCACUGUUCAUUUAUUUUAGUCUGAGCAAACGUAUAAUAUCUAUUGUGACAUGUGUCCGAUUUCAAUAAUGAUACCUAAUCGUCUUAUAAAUGAACCCAAUCGGCUACAUAAAUGAGAAAGCUUUUAUUGACUAACUUAAGGGACAUUUAUGUCUAUCCCUUUUAUAUGCGUAUAUGUAUAUAUGUCCUUUAGAAAAUCAAGGCAUCAGUGAUGUAUGUCUCAUUGCUUAGAUAUCCAAGCCAUUUCUCGGGCAAUCGCGAGUACUUUCGGAUUGGCUUAAUCUAUCAGUGUCUAACUAGCCUUUAUACAAGCUUGGUUCAUGGUCAAGUAUAUACAAUCUGUUCCAUUAGCUGUACAAUCAUCACUAAUCUACACACCUAUUAAUUAUGACUUUCUUAUUGUUCAUUUAUCAUUCAAUGUAUUUUCUCCUACCUUAUUCCCUUUUCUUUUUUAGCUGGAGUUGAACAGUUCAUGAGUUGUGAUCGUUAUUUACACUUACAUACAUGUUACUACGUUCGUGAAAUGCGUAUUCAUGCAUUAAGUCAACAUUUGGAUUCAUACAGUAGUUUAAGUUUAGAUAGUAUGGCCGCAUCGUUUGGUGUAACUCCAGCAUUUUUGGAUGCUGAAUUAUCACGUUUCAUAGCCAAUGGUCGAUUAGCUUGUAAAAUGGAUAAGGUUUCAGGUAUUAUCGAGACAACACGUCCAGAUAACUUGAAUUUUCAAUAUCAGACUAUGAUUAAACAAGGUGAUAUUCUACUGAAUCGAAUCCAAAAACUGAGUCAGGUUAUCAAUAUAUAAUGGAAUACUAUUAUACAUAAUUAUUACCCAUUGUUAUCUAAUAUACGAUAGUAAUACGGUGAUGGAGUUUUGUAUACAAUAACUGUACUUUUCAAAAUACUGUUUCCUUUUCU